GAAGAUCAAAUUUAUCUCAGCCUAAUUAAAAUCAAUCAAUAGUAGUGUCUAAAUUCAAUGAACCGCGAAUCUAUUAAUACGGACUAUCAGCGUUCUCAGAGAAGAAAAGAAAAAUCACAGCUACCUGUCCUCUUUCUAAAUCAGACCCACCGCGAGGUCAUUUAGUAAAGAUUCGAUGAAUCCUCUAUAAGCCCAAACCAAACAAACCACAACAGCAGCAGCAGGAGGAGGAGAUACAACAACUAAUUAACAGGCUGCCUCUUCGAUGGACGAAGCUGCACGAAGAAGAGGCUACUGGAAAUGGACGAAGAAGGACUUCCUCCCGGGCGACUCAUUCGGCAGCUGGGCCUCCUACGGCUCCUCUCUCCUUAAAACUCCGCUCCGAUUUGCCGACCGCCUGCUUGGCCGGUCCGCCGACGCCGCCGAGCUGGGCCACGUCCGGGCCGAGAGCGCGCACCCGAUGAGCCGCUGCCUCUCCCGCUGGGACCUCACGUGGCUCGGCCUCGGCUCCGUUGUCGGCGCCGGCGUAUUCGUCCUCACUGGCCAGGAGGCCCACGACCACGCUGGCCCCUCCAUCGUGCUGGCCUACGCCACCGCCGGCGCCUCCGCCACGCUCUCCGCCCUCUGCUUAGCGGAAUUCGCUGUCGAGAUCCCCGUCGCCGGCGGCGCUUUCGCUUACCUCAGGGUGGAGCUCGGCGACUUCGUCGCCUUCCUCGCGGCCGCGAACCUGCUCCUGAAGAGCGUGGUGGGCAGCGCCGCAGUGGCGAGGUCGUGGACCUCGUACCUCGCCACGCUCCUCGACCGCUCCCCGAAUUCGCUCCGCAUCCCGACCCGCCUCGCCGAGGGCUUCAACCUCCUCGACCCGAUCGCCGUCUCCGUCCUCAUCGCCACCUCCGCCGUCGCCGUCACCAGCACGAGGCGAGCCUCCCUCCUAAACUGGAUCGCCUCCGCGGUCCACCUCUCGAUCAUGGCGUUCGUCAUCGUCGCGGGGCUCGCCCACGCCGACGCGCGCAACCUCUCCCCCUUCCUCCCCCACGGGCCCCAGGGGCUCUUCCGCGCCACCGCGGUUGUCUACUUCGCCUACGGCGGCUUCGACGUGAUGGUCACCAUGGCCGAGGAGACGCGAGACCCCAGCCGCGACAUCCCCGCGGGGCUCCUCGCGUCCAUGGGGAUCAUCACCUUGCUCUACUGCCUCAUGGCGCUGUCCCUGGUCCUGAUGGAGAGGUACACGGCGAUCGACCCCAACGCGGCGUUCCCGGCGGCGUUCCGGAACGCGGGGAUGGGGUGGGCGCAGCGGGUGGUGGCGAUGGGGGCGCUAGUGGGGAUGGCGAAGGUGCUCCUCGUCGGGGGGAUCGGGAAGGCGCGCUACGCGACGCACAUCGCGCGCGCCCACGUGGUGCCGCCGCUGUUCGCGCUGGUGCACCCGACGACGGGGACGCCCGUCUACGCCACACUCCUCAUCACCAUCGCCGGCGCCGCGCUCGCCUUCUUCUCCAGCCUCAGCGUGCUCGCCAGCCAGGUCUCGCUCAGCACGCUCUUCAUCUUCACCCUCAUCCCCGCCGCCCUCCUCGUGCGCAGGUACCACGCGACCGGCGCUUCCACCCGGGCCUCUCGCGUAAAAUUGAUUACAUGUUUAUCAAUUAUUGCCUUUUCUUCUAUUGGGACCUCGGUUUACUGGGGACUGAACCCGGACGGGUGGAUCGGGUACGCGAUAACGAUUCCGAUGUGGGCGGCGGGGACGCUGGGGAUCCAGCUUUUCGUGCCGCAGCUGCGGCCGCCGCGGGUGUGGGGCGCGCCGCUGGUGCCGUGGCUGCCGUCGCUGUCGAUCGCGAUUAACGUGUUUCUGAUGGGCUCCCUGGGCUCGGAGGCGUUUGUGAGAUUCGGGUUCUGCAUGGGGGUUAUGUUGGUUUACUACGUUUUCUACGGCGUUCAUGCAACGUUUGAUAUGGCGCAUGGGUUGUGCGAUAAUAAGAAUGUGAUGGUGGAGGGAGAGGGAAAUGAAGAGGCGAGGAGAAAGGGUCCAGAAAAGAUUGAAAAUGAUCAGAUUCAUUAAAUAUAGUUUUUUUUUUUUUUUU